GGCUGUGCAGUCUUCUUGCCUCUUAGCUACUUCACAGGAGCUGGCAAGGUGGUCAUCAGACUUGCCCAGGAGCCAUGGCAAAGAAUGGACUUGUAAUUUACCUCCUGGUUAUCACCUUACUCCUGGACCAGACCACCAGCCACACAUCCAAAUUUAAAGCCAGGAAGCACAGCAAACGCCGAGUGAAAGAAAAGGAUGGAGACCUGAAGACUCAAGUUGAAAAGCUCUGGAGAGAAGUCAAUGCCCUGAAGGAAAUGCAAGCCCUACAGACAGUCUGUCUCCGAGGCACAAAAGUUCACAAGAAAUGCUACCUUGCUUCAGAAGGUUUGAAGCACUUCCAUGAAGCCAAUGAAGACUGCAUCUCCAAGGGAGGAACCUUGGUUAUCCCCAGAAACUCUGACGAAAUCAAUGCCCUCCGAGACUAUGGUAAAAGAAGCCUGCCAGGUGUCAAUGACUUUUGGCUGGGCAUCAAUGACAUGGUCACAGAGGGCAAGUUUGUUGAUGUCCAUGGAGUCACCAUCUCCUUCCUCAACUGGGACCACGCACAGCCUAAUGGCGGUAAGCGUGAAAACUGUGCCCUGUUCUCCCAGUCAGCUCAGGGCAAAUGGAGUGAUGAGGUCUGUCGUAGCACCAAGAGGUACAUAUGCGAAUUUAUUAUCCCUUAAUAGACCCUUCUCAAAAAUGCAAGAUUGAUCACGAUUUACAGGCUGAUGGUUCACAAGAGUAAGUCAGACUCGUCACAUGGGCAUCUUUUGUGUCCACAGGUAAACAAGAGUCAGCCAAUUUUGCUACCACAUUUCACUGUGAUUUUGCUCUCUAUGGAGUAUAGGAGGUCAGAAAUAAUGAUCCAGCUAUGUGCACAAUGUUAAUGUGGCUUCUGCAAAAUGGGCUAUCUAAUCCUUCCCACUUUCCUAGGCCCUCUCCUUUGUACAGAAACCAGGUCUGUUAAAAACACAACAGCUACCUGGAAGAUUUUCUCUUGGAAGUUUAGUCUAUAUUUGAUUGAUGAGCAUUCUCUAAAUCAGAAAUUCUGGGGGCUAUAUAACCCACAAACCUCUUAGUCUGAUGCCCAAUCUGUUCCAUCCCAGUCAUAGCAUUUUGCUAGCCCAUAAACCUUUCUGAGUCGGUGCAUCCCCUGGUGGGACCUGCAUCCUGUCUGCCACAUCAGAACAUGGAUAUCUCAGAAAUGUUCUGAUUUAACUUUGUUUUCUUCAUGACCCUCUUCCUCCACCAUAUACACACCCUGAUUUUGAAAAUGCCCGGUCCAGUCCUGAAAGGGAAUGAUAAAACAGGAUAUUUGGUCAAUUUGUAGUCCCAGAAUUACAUUACUAUUUCUGACUUGAAUAGGUAACACUAAGGCAAACUGUAUGGGAAAAUAAAGUAGGAAAAAAAUAAGUUUACUUUUCCCUUGCUUUAGUAUCCUUAUCCUCCUAGAUGAAAUUGAGGGUUGAUAUUAUAUAUGUCAGUUUCCUUUACAUACGUUUUGUAUUAUAUAUGUGUAAACAAGCAUAUAUUGAAGUCUAUUAGGGGCAAUCUACCUUUGGAGGUUGAACAUUGGAUUUAAAUAAUAUUAUUUUGGAGUCAUACAUCUAUGCAAUAUUUUAUUCUGUCAAAUGCUAUUUCCAUUAAAUAGUUUAACUAGAUUGUAUAAAAUAACUUUAUUGCCUAACAUGAAAUUACAAAGCUUAGGCAUAGGGGAAAUGGGCUUUUUAGAAGCCAGGAAUUCUAAGUAUAUUCUGUUCUUCAAAUAAAUGUCAUUUUCUUCUUUAAAUAUUGAAUAUGUUUUAUGAACAAUAUCUUUCUUUGCAAACUCGAAUUACAUGUGCUUGGAAUUAAGUUUUAGUUUUUUUCACUGCACAAUAAUAAAGCCUGAGUUCUGAUCGACGUGGA